AUGGAGAUCAGCCAGGCCAAGGUCCUGGCCCUGGAGGACACGGUUGGUGUCUACAAGCCAGACUCCAUUUUUGAGCCCAUGAAUCAUGUUUCCAGCCACUUGGGGGCCGAGGCGCGCCUGGCAGCCAAGCGGGCGGCGCGGGCGGAGGCGCGGGAGAUCCGGAUGAAGGAGCUGGAGAGGCAGCAGAAGGAGGCCUGUGGGUUCCAGGAGAACCUUUUCAGCCGUCGCUCUCAGCCUCCUUCUGAGUACAGCUCCUUCCUGGCCUCAGGAUCCCGGGCAUCCUCCAGAGCCAGCUCUGCUCGGGCCAGUCCCGUGAUUGAGGAAAGGCCAGAGAAAGACUUUGAGAAGGGAGCACGUUGUGUUUCCAGCUUAUCAGCAGCUACCUUAGCUUCCCUGGGUGGGACCUCUUCCCGGAGGGGCAGUGGGGACACAUCCAUCUCAGCUGAUACUGAGGCAUCAAUUAGAGAAAUUAAGGACUCUCUGGCUGAAGUGGAGGAGAAGUAUAAAAAGGCCAUGGUGUCCAAUGCGCAACUGGACAACGACAAGACCAAUUUCAUGUACCAAGUGGACACCUUGAAGGACGCCCUCUUGGAGCUGGAGGAGCAGCUGGCAGAGUCCAGGCGCCAGUACCAGGAGAAGAGCAAAGAACUGGAGAGGGAGAAACAUGCCCACAGCAUCUUGCACUUCCAGUUCCUGGAAAUCAAGGAGGCUUUGAAGCAAAGAGAAGAAAUGCUUGCAAAACAUGGGAUAAUCCCAAGCUCUGCCAUAGCCACCAACGGGGAGACACCAGCCAGCCUAGAAAAUGAAGGACACCUGGAGCCUUCCAGGAAUGUUCCAUUAAAGCCGGGAGGGGAUGGGAUGCUGGGCAAAGCCACUGGAGUGGAGAUGAGAAGUGAGAUUUUGGAGGAUGUGGGGGAAGGAAAACUCGUGUGGAACGCUGAGCAUGGAGAGGAGGAGGCUGAGGAGCAGGAAGGACAGAUGUUGCACCCUGAGGAGAAGGAAGAACGUGGUGGCCUCUCAGCGGUGGUGUCACCAGAGAGGAGGUUAAGAGAGCAAAGCCAGAGCCCUUCAGGAAGUGUCUCAGAUGAUGAGAGUGACCCAGAGGGCUGGAGGGAGGAGAGCACAGCAGCCCAGCAGCCUGUCAGGAGGGAGGCUGAACACCAGGACUUCAUGCCAAGGACAGAUCAGAACUUGGAGGUGGGCUCUCCACAAGCUCAGGAGAUGCCUGGUGGCUUAAGUAGAGAGCAUGGCCUGGGAGAAGCUCCAUCCCACCAGGAAGAAGGUGGGGAUCUCAGAGCUAGCCAUGGGCUGAGGGAUGGAGAAGUGGGUGAGGAAGGUGACACGACAAGUGGGAGCUGUGAGCUGGUUCCUGACCAGGCAGGGCUGCCUGAGGUUCCAGCAGCAGGUCUGCUGGAUGAGGAGGGACAUGUGGAGAACCAGGCUGAGGGGUUCCAGCCCUCAGGAGAAAGAGCUGGGAAUGAGGUCCCACAUAUCUCGGAGGACAAGGUUUUGGAAAGCAGGGAUUGUACCCGUGGGAGGGUUGGGGAAGAGGAACACGAAGCUGGGAAUGGAGCUGAGGGGCAGGUGGGGGCAACCAAGGCUGGGGGUUUGGAAGGGAAGGAGUCACCUGAAAGUGGUGGCGCAGAAGGUGGUGGAGAUGGGGCAGGAGCCCAGCCACCUUCCUCAGAGGACAAUCCCUCAACAUCACCAGAGGAACAAAACAGGCAAGACAGAAGCAAACUUGAAGGUGCUACAGCUGAGGACAGACAGGAGGAGGUGUUGGUAGAAGAGCUGGAGAUGUGUUCAGGUUCUGGAGGCACAGGAGAGCAGGAGAAGGCUCCAAUGGAGGCUCCAGGAUGUGUUCCUGAGGGAAAAGAGCCAGAGCCAGGCCCUGGGGAACAGGGGAACACUCAGGGAACCAGUUCAGGGGCUGGGAAAACUCAGGAGUCGGAACUGAAAAUGGUGGCUGAGUCUGGGAAGAGAAAGGAGAGCAGGACAGGGUGGGGAGGAGAUGGAAAGACAGAGGAGGGACCUCAGAUAGGUGAGGUGGGAGCCCAGGCAGGUGAGGUGGGCCCUGAGGCUGGGGAGGUGGGAGCUGAGACAAGUGAGGAGGGACCUCAGGCAGGUGAGGUGGAACCUCAAGCAGGUGAGGGGGGAGCCCAGGCAGGUGAAGUGGGAGCCCAGGCAGGUGAAGUGGGACCUCAGACAGGACAGUGUGGUGAAGCAGAGACAGGUGGUGGGGUGGGAGAGGACAAUAUUCCUUUGGGAGGUGAAGUGCAGGGUGUAGGUGAACAGGAGGAGGGGGAACCUCAAGAGGAGUCAACUGUAGAUGUUGGUGGAGCUCCUGGGAACCAAUUUGAUAAGGAGACACUUGGAGACAAUGAGCAAGAGCUGGAGCUUGCAGAGCACCGUGGUGCUGGGGUGUCUCCUGAGGAGAGUGUGAACCAUCCCCUGGCACAGAGAGCUGGGCAAGAUGGAGAUGCUGGUGCAGCACAGGGAAGACUGGAAGAGGCUGGGGAAGCAUUUGGUGGUGGUGAAGAGUCAGAAGAGCUGUUGAGCAGGAGAGGAGCUGAAGGUGACUUGGCUGGAGGCGACAGCUUGCAUGGAAGAGGUGGAAAUGAGCCUGAAGGAGCAACACGGUGCUUGAGAGGGGAAGCACCAGAGAGGCCUGAAGUGGUGGAAGAUGAGACAGUUUUGAGGCAGGAUUUGGGAAGCAGUCCCAGGGAUGGAAGUCCUCCCAGCAAGGAAGAGCUGCAGGCUGGCAGGAGGGGGAAGGGGAAGCCCAGAGAGGACUGUGCUAUAUCCUAA